AUGCCAUCCUCCUCUACUUCGACCAGAACUAUGAUUACCAGUCUCCUCGCCUUGGCCGCAGCACUUACCACCACGUCUGCCCUAGGAUGCUACUCCUCAGACGAGGGUCCGUCCUGGGACAAUAUCAAUUGGGAUCUUGGUUAUCCUCAAUUCCCGGCCAUCGCUAACAAGAUCUGCAGCGGGCCUAGCGUAGACUACUACACCGGCGAGAAACGGGACGGCUGCUUCAACUCAAAUAACGGUCACUAUUGUCCUGGGGCAAGGAGUUCACCGCUUGCCAGUCUCGGCGGUGUUUCCGGCGAGGUUCACUCUGGCCCUUGGCCAGAGUGA